UGAUUUUGAGACCGGUAACUAGCUCAGAGCAACAUAUGAGAUGCCUUAUACUAACUACUCCCUGAAGACUCGGUUCCAGAAAGAUGAUUGUCUCAUCUGUAAACUGCAGGUGAGAAAUAGCCAACCCGAAGUCAGUGAGUGUGAUGCCACGAAGGAGCCAUGAUUGUUCAGCUCAGAUGAAUAAUAUAUAGAGCUUCCACAGUCAUAAUGAAGAGGAAGGGGGAUAGUGGGUCUCUUUGAGGAAGGCCCUGCUUUACCGGGAAUUCAGUCGAUCCAUUAAGAAGGACAGAGACACAAACUGUGAAUAUGCAUUCAAAGAUCCAUCUACAUCAUUUCCUACUUGUUAGUAGUAUAGCUUUUAAGUUUCUGUUGAAAGAAAGAAGAAAUGGAAACGAAGGUUGGGAGAAUAAAGCUAGGCCCCCAAGGCCAGGAAAUUUCAGAGCAAGGCCUAGGCUGCAGCAGCAUGUCAGCCUUCUACGGACCACCCAAGCGUGAACCCGACAUGAUCAACCUCAUCCACCAUGCCAUCAACUCUGGAGUCACUUUUCUCGACACUUUCGAUGUUUAUGGUCCCCACACUAAUGACAUCCUUCUGGGAAAGGCCUUGAAAGAUAUCAGAGACAGAAUUGAAUUGGCGACCAAAUUUGGUGCUUGCAUUGUGGAUGGCAGAAGGGAAUUCCGGGGCGACCCUGCUUAUGUAAGGGAGGCUUGUGAGGGUGGCUUGAAACGCCUUGGUGUUGAAAAUAUUGAUCUUUAUUAUCAGCAUCGGGUUGACACCAGGUUCCCAUCGAAGUCACGGUUCCAACCUGAAAAUCUUGGGCAUAACAAACACCUCUUUGAGCGGGUUAAUGAGAUGGCAAGGAGAAAAGGGUGCAGCCCCAUCACAGCUUGCAUUAGCCUGGAUCCAUCAUCAAGGGGAUGGGAUGAUGUCUGCCCAAAUACCUCGAACCAUUAAAACUGAAAACCUAAACGAGAAUAUCAGGGCUUUGUCCGUGAAACUAACACCUGAAGAGAUGGCUGAAAUAGAAUCCAUUGCUUCGGCAGAUGCUGUAAAAGGAGACAGAUAUGGGGACACUGCCCCAACCUACAAGAACUCUGAUACCCGACCCUUUAUCGUCAUGGAUACCUGCAUGAGAGAAUGCGUUGUCUGAUAUAUGUACAAUCUUCUAGAUGAGGUAUUGACUUAGCGUGCUACUGCCUUUGAGAUGUUUGAUACAGUGCUGAGUUCCUAAUGUUCUGAGACCAAGGUCUCUGUCAAAAACACCAAAUGUGGGUGUGAAUCCUCAAACUGAGAAGUUCGUAUGUGAAGUUUAUCUUGUUGAGAUAUAAGCAAGUUGAAUCUCAAAGAGCAAGUUUUUCAAUGUUUGAGGCAUCUGCAUUUGAAUAAUUUCUCUGCAUCUACCCAACUUGUCUCAAAGCCAUUGUUAAAUUUGGCUGCUAGCAGGAUUUUUAAGCAUUAGACUAUUUUCUACUAGA